AUGGCUGGAAUGCUCUGCGAUUGGCUGGGUGACGAUCGGAACGCGUGCCGAAGCGGUCGCGCCCUCUAUCGCACCAUGAGUGGAGCUUGCGGCGCUGCCUUCAUGUUGUACGGUUGGGAUGCUGGUGUGUUAGGAGGCAUUCAGUCGACGCCACAGUUUAAAAACGCCAUUGGCAAUCCUAGUGGAGCAUACAUCAUCCCCAUUAUUGCUUCGAUCUACAAUUUGGCCGCUGGUAUCAUGGCUCUAUGUGUCUCUUUCUUCGGCAUGAAGAUCGGGAGACGAGGUACGCUCCUUCUCGGCGACUUCCUGAUCUGCGUCGGCGCACUUCUCCAAGCCUCCACAUACUCGGUCGGACAAAUCAUCGUCGGCCGUAUCGUUACUGGCUGCGGCAUUGGAUGCAUCGCCAGCGCUGUCCCAACUUAUAUGGCUGAGAUGUCGCUCGAGGCCAAGGAACGUGGUCCUGAGGUGUCUUACCAGUUGGCUCUUCUCAUCACUGGUGUCGCACUGGCGUAUUGGGUGGAUCUUGGCUUCGUGCAAGGUCUCGACAAAGCACCUUACCUUUGGCGUAUCCCUCUGGCAAUGCAGAGCUGCUUCGCCAUCUUCUCUGCCUUUCUGGUCUUCUUUCUGCCCGACACACCACGGUGGUAUUACGCAAAGGGUCGUGAUGCAGAGGGCGAUCAAACUCUGGCACGUCUACACGCCAAGCCCGUUGAGCACGAAGCUGUUCAGCUUAUGAAGGGAGAGAUCAUGGCUUCCUUGAAGGAGGGUGACGACGAUGGCCAAUUUAACUUCUGGCUCCUCUUCUGGGACAACACCGAGCUCCAGUUCGGACGUCGCCUCAGGACCUCCUUCUUGAUCAACUGGGCCCAGCAGUUCCUCGGAAUUAAUAUGCUGGUGUACUUCUCCACCCAGAUCUUUUCCAACCUUGGCUACUCGGCUAUGCUGUCUGGUAUCCUCGCCGGCGUCCUCAACACAGCUUUCGCCUUGGCAUCCUACCCACCAAUCUUCUUCAUUGAGCGUGUCGGUCGCCGAGCGAUGAUGAUUUGGUCUGCCCUCGGCUGUGGCGUCUGCAUGCUCGUGUACGUGGUCGUCACUACGCUUCCGGCCGGCAAGCAAAGUACUGCAACCAACUGGGUGGCGGUGACCUUCAUCAUUCUUUACGAGAUUGUGUUCGCGUUCGGUUGGCUGGGGACCUGCUGGGUCUACGGUCCAGAGAUUGCCCCUCUUCGAUAUCGUCAUGUCGCCGGUAGCUUGGGCGCCGCUGGGGAGUGGUUCAGCACCUGGGUCAUGGUGUUCGGAGGAGGUACUGGCAUCAACGCCGUUGGUCCUAAGAUCUUUGUGUGGCCUCUACUCUGCUGCUUCUUGUCUGCGGCGUAUGUCUACUUCUGCUGCCCGGAGACGACUGGCAAGACGCUGGAAGAGAUCGACGUUCUGUUCGCAAGGUCUGGUAAGACACGGGAUCGAAUCUACAAUGAGCAGGCUGUCCGCCGCCAAUCUUAUGGCUCGUUGAACUUGGACGAGAAGCGUGGAAAUUCGAUCUCGCAGACGGAGAAUGCUGGCGUUGAGGUUUGA